AACUAGCACAGCCUUCAGACAGAGCGUUUUCUCAAGGAGGAGGGUUUAGUCCGCUUGAAAGGACAUGCCUGGAAGUUUAGGGAAAAGUUCCAGGUAUCACCGGCAAAUCUCUGAUUUUGCGAUUGUUGUUUUGAAGGGAUACACAUGUGCGCAAGAAAUUCGAUGAAAAUGGACUGGAGCGCGAGGUUUUUUAUCGAGGUGAGAGGACAGACAGAGGGAGAGGAUGACUGCCAACAAGAGCUCAAAGGCUUCUCCCCAAACAGGAGGGGGUAAAGUACCACCAGAGAUUUCAGACAGGUGCCAGUCUGUUUCCUCAGCUUCAGUUCUUUCUGCUGUGACAGAACAAAGUCACUCUCACCCUAGUGACAGUGAGGACUCCAGUAAGCAGAGCAAGAACGCCAAAGCUGAACCAAAGCUCCCAAUCCAGAGCAACUGGAGUCAAAAGACUGCCAGCCUGCGCAGCGGCUCCUCACUGUCUCAAGAUUUUGAGUCUCAAAGCAGACUCGUAAAGUCCAGGAGUAUUGGGUGCCUGGACAAGAAACUAUCUAUCUGCAGGGCUAAUAUAGGAAGCCAAGAACAAAAAGAGAACCAGCCACAGGUGGGGGCCCCAACUGGAGAUGGACUAAACACAACAGCUCUCAGCUGUACCACCCUCUCCUUGGGACCCCUGUCAAACUACAGCCAUAGUCGCACUCUCUCCCUUACCCGCGCAGGCAUCUGCACGCCUUCCGCUACCAUACGCAAAAAGAUCUCAGAAUGGGAGUGUCGGAAGGGGGCUCUGCCUAGGAUGAGCCUUUGUCUGGAGAAGAGGUCUGCAGGUGAGCGUGUGGGUGGUUCCGAAGGUUGUCCAAGCUUCCUGCCCUCACCUUGCAGCGAAAAGUCCUUUGACUUUAAGGGUGUACGGAGGAUGAGUACAGCUUUUUCUGAAUGUUCUUACACGGAGACAGAGGAGGAGGAAGGGGUUUCAGAUCGAGAAUCGGUGGGGCAUUUUCAGAAGAAGGCCGCAAAGACAGAGUCAUCUGCAGCCUUCCUGCGCUCUCUGUCUGCUCGAAAAGAGACCUCUGCCGUCUUAAACAGAAUACAGAAGAUUGAGCAGGCUUUGAAAGAGAGUCCCACACAAACCCCACCUCAGUAUCUUAGCAACUGUUAUGGAUUGGACAAAAUGAGGCAAAAGUCUUUCUCUAUAAGUAAGAGCGAGGACUUAGAUAGUGCAUGUGCCAGCAAGCGGAGUAGCAUCUGCUCCGUGACCACUGAGCCGGACAUGUCUCCAGGGUUGGAUAAACUCACCAAACUCAGGCAAAGGUUCAGUGUGAGCUCCAUCAGGUCAGAAAGCCCAGAGCGAUCGACCAAACAGAGCCCAGGUGGCGCUUCAGUCAACCCUCUGCCUAAGCCUAAACGCACCUUUGAGUAUGAGGCCAACCGGAGCCAUAAAGGCUUGUCAUCAAGCAAUGGACUACCUCUCACCUCUGAAUCUCCACCCCCACUGCCCUCAACUCCUGCCCCAACCGUGACACGGCAGCAGAAGACAGAUGGAAGCUCCCAUAAGAGGAUUCGAGACAGGGAAUCAUGUGAAUCAGAAGAUGCUGCCAGCCUGCCCUCCUCCUACCCCUCUUCACCCACAGAAAAUGGAACAGAGAACCAAAGUCGUCCCAGCUCCAAAAGCACAUUAGAGGAGAAUGCCUAUGAGGACAUAGUUGGGGAGUCUAUGAAAGAAAAUCCAUACGAGGAUGUGGACCUGAAGGGCCGGAAUUUAGGCCGAAAGUCCCGUCUGUUACCUGAGAGGUCUUGUGACUCACUUAACAGGAUAUGGACCCCGCAGGACAGGAGGCUAAAUGCACCUCCCCAGCUGCCUUCCAAACCCAGCAGCCAGUCUCUGCGCCUCCCAAGCCCCUGCGACAGAAACAGCCGUCGCUCAUCCCGCUUAGCCAAGAGGCUCAGCCACGAUGACAUGUUGCUUAUGCCCCCACUGGGCGUGUCCGCCUCUUCCUGUACUCUGCUGGAUGACAGCCUAAGCAGUGCCAGCGACACGCUGGCCUCUCGCAGACAGAGGAGGGUACCCAAGCUGGUUCAAAGAAUAAAUUCUAUCUACUGUACAAAGAGAGGAAAGAAGAGGCUAAAGAAGCUCUCACUAUCAAGUAUUGAGACUGCAUCUCUGAGAGAUGACAACAGCGAGAGCGAAAGUGACUCUGACGACAGGUUCAAAGCCCACACUCAGAGGCUGCUCAAGCUGCAGUCCCUCUUGCGUCGAGCACCUAGCUACCGCACGCUGGAGCUACAGCUCAUUGAGUGGCAGGAGAGGGAGCUCUUUGAGUACUUUGUGGUUGUCUCCCUAAAGAAAAAGCCCUCCAAGAACUCCUACACCCCUGAGGUCACUUACCAGUUCCCCAAGCUGGAGAGACCCACCAAGCAGAUGAGAGAGGCUGAGCAACGUCUCAAAGCCAUCCCUCAGUUCUGCUUCCCAGACGCUAAGGACUGGAGCCCUGUGUCUGAGUACAGCAGUGAAACCUUCUCUUUUAUGCUGACUGGAGAGGAUGGCAGCAGGCGAUUUGGAUACUGCAGACGGCUACUGCCAAGUGGGAAAGGACCUCGCCUUCCUGAGGUAUAUUGUGUCAUCAGCAGGCUGGGCUGUUUCGACCUGUUUUCUAAGAUUUUGGAUGAGGUGGAGAGGCGGCGAGGAAUCUCUGCAGCUCUUGUCUACCCGUUCAUGAGGAGUCUGAUGGAAUCCCCCUUCCCUGCUCCUGGGAAAACUAUCAAAGUCAAAACCUUCCUGCCUGGAGCAGGCAAUGAGGUGAUUGAGCUGAGACGACCCAUGGAUUCCAGACUGGAGCACGUAGAUUUUGAGAGUCUCUUUAACUGUCUGAGUGUCCGACAGGUGGUGCGUGUUUUUGCCUCACUGCUCCUGGAGCGCAGAGUCAUCUUUGUGGCUGAUAAGCUGAGCACUCUCUCCAGCUGUGUUCAUGCCGUGGUAGCUCUGCUCUACCCUUUCUCCUGGCAGCACACCUUCAUUCCUGUACUGCCGAGCUCCAUGGUGGACAUUGUCUGCUGCCCGACACCAUUCUUAGUAGGCCUGCUCUCAAGCUCACUGCCUAAACUCAAGGAACUGCCUGUGGAAGAGGCUUUGAUGGUUGACCUUGGAACAGAUCGCUUCAUCAAACAGAUGGAUGAUGAAGCCUCUCUCUUACCACGGAAACUUCAGGCUGCUCUGGAGCAAGCACUGGAACAGCGUAAUGACAUCAUUAAUCAGGACUCAGACAGCGAAUCAGAUGAAGAAUGCAACACAUUAAAUAGCCUGGUGUCUGAGGCCUUCAUUCGCUUUUUCCUGGAGACCAUUGGACACUAUUCACUUUUCCUGACCCAAGGCGAGCGAGGGGAGCGCAUCUUUCAGCGGGAAGCCUUCCGGAAGUCUGUGGCCUCCAAAAGCAUCCGGCGUUUCCUGGGUGUCUUCAUGGAAUCUCAGAUGUUUGCCGGGUUCAUUCAGGACAGGGAACUCCGGAAAUGUCGGGCAAGAGGUCUGUUUGAGCAGAGGGUGGAACAGUACCUAGAAGAGCUACCAGACACAGAGCAAAGUGGAGUGAACAAGUUCCUCAAGGGACUAGGGAAUAAAAUGAAGUUUCUUCAUAAAAAGAACUGAUGGACCACUGUAUGACUGAACCAAAAAAUUUGGACUGUUGUUCAAGGACCCACUGCAAAUCAUUCACAUUUGAAGACAUAACACAACUAAACUAUGUGCCUUUCCCAGAACAACUGGUCAUUUGAAUGAAAGUUAAAUAUUUUAUACAUUUUACUGAAAAACAGUGGGUUAUACUUUUAAAAAUAGAUACAUUUUAGGUUUCCUGGUACCUUGUAUAGUUUAUGAGAUUAGAGCAACAAUAGUAUGGUACUGAGUGAAUGUGCAUUGUUGCUGUACAGUAUAACCACUGUCCUAGAAAUGCUUGAGGAGAAUUUGUUAAGAAAACACAGUGAAUGGAAUUUAAUGUUAGGUGGAUGUACAGUUGCUACAUGUAGUAUUUAAAGCUAGCGUUGCUUUAUGCAUUGUGUUUUGUACAUGCCCUAAUACAUGAAGAAUAUAAUUACCAUAUCUGUCAUGACUUGUACAAAUACAAUAAAGCUUUUCAAUCAAUA